AUGUUGACCUGCAAGACAUACACAUGCUUCAGUUAUAGCCACUUAAUCAAGAUCGCCAGGCCGCCCCUCCUUCAUGCCCGCAGUGCAACAAAGCAGCACCGGAGCCCCUGGAUCCCACUCACCCCGGCAGGGCCGCACCGCACCCCCAGGGCCCGCCCGAGGGCAGCGCUGCGGCAGCGGAGCCGCGACCGCCCGCACUGCGGCACCGAGGGGGGCCCGGCCCGCCCCGCGGACCCGCCCUGCGGCAGCGCCGCCGCUCCCCCGCCCCGGCAAAGGGGUCCCAGAGUUUCAGCGAGGGGGAUCAGACCCUACAAAAUCGGCAAAUUUCUGAGGGCGCGGAUGGAUCUGGGACCGUUUUUCGCCCUGGCGCUGCGACCAGGCGUUGGUGGGAAGACCGGGAAGUCUGGCGGUGAUUGCCGCUCCUGUUUCCCCUUCCGGUCCCCUCCCGCGUCCCCUCAGCCCGCCCGUCCCCCCGGUGCCGCCGUUCCGCCCCCCGGGCCGUGCGCGUCGCGGGGGCGCCCCCCGGUGGCGCAGGCGGAGGCGGCGCAUGGGGCGCGGCGCGGCGGCUCCCGGCGGGCCAGCGCGGCCGCGGGCGGGACGCGCCGGGCCCGGAACAGGAAUGCGGGGGGAAGCCCGGCCGGGGCCAAGGCGGAGCCCCCCGGGCCCGCCGUCAUCGAUCUGGGGGCGCAGAGCGGGCGCUGGGCCGCCUUCCAGGAGCGGCACCGGCUGAGCUGCGAGGAGGCGGCGCGGCUGCUGCUGGACGCGUAUGAAUACAGGGGUUUGGUGAAGCACACUGGAGGCUGUCACUGUGGAGCCGUCCGCUUCGAGGUCUGGGCUUCAGCAGAUCUGCACGUGUUCAACUGCAACUGCAGCAUUUGCACAAAGAAACAGAACCGACACUUCAUUGUGCCAGCGUCGCGUUUCAAGCUGCUCAAGGGUGCUGACAAUUUGACAACUUACACCUUCAACACACACCGUGCCCAGCACACGUUCUGCAAGACCUGUGGUGUUCAGAGCUUUUAUACUCCUCGUUCCAACCCUGAUGGUUAUGGAAUCGCUCCCCACUGCCUGGAUGAUGGCACUGUGCAGACCAUUAUCACAGAGGAUAUCAAUGGCAAGGAGUGGGAGAAGGCAGUGAGGGAACAUAAGACCAUCAGAGACAUGUCAAAACCCUGACACACCCUCCCAGCAGCCUUGGGAGCACUGCCAUGGAACUGCAGUCUGGGCUUUCCUGGGUGAUGGUUGGUGAAAUUGAUCUCUAAUUAUUGUUACCUGUUCUCUGUUUCUUAAAUAAAUCUUUCUAUGCUGUUUGUCUCA